AUAAUGUAACCGGCAACACCCUCCAAUGCCAGCUUAUAAAAAAGUUAUACACAAACAUGGUGGAUCAGCUGUUUUCAUAUUUCUCGGGCCGCAUUUUGUUUUUAUAAACCGCGUAUUGUUAUGGUGCCAUAGCCAUGUGUGAAUUAAAAUGGGUUCUAUCGCAUCGGUGCUGCAAUGGCAUUGUCAGACGUGCGGCCAGAUCAACCCAACCGAGAGUGUAAAGUGUUUAAAAUGUUCCACCAAACGGGUCUCAAGUCAUGACAGUGAAGAUUCUAAACGCUAUUAUACAAAAGAUUCCUCCUCAGAGCAUACAAUUCGAACAGAAAAAAGCGAAGGAACAACUCCAGGAUCGGAAGCCAUCGCUAUACCAUCGACCUCUAAUAUCAAUAGCGGAUGGUCGUGCGUUGGCUCCGCGCCGGGCCCGACGCGCGCUUGGCGCUGCGCGUGCGGCCUGCGCAACGUAUCCGCCGCGUGGCGCUGCGCGGCCUGCGACGCGCUCGCGCCCCACGCGCCCGUCUACAGGCUGUCUGAUGACGAGGAUCAAGCAUCGGGGAUGACGGACAAAGAAAAAUCUGCCGAAGAUAACACUAUGAUAAGAUCCAACACCCUGGCAGUCCCGUCAUAUAAGCCUACGACCAACUACGACAGCCGCCGCUUGAAUCUCGACGUGCAAUCUCUCCGUCUCUCUCCCACCCAGCUGGCCGACCAGACUCACGGAGUAACGCGCUCUCUUUCCCACGGCUCCGUCAUCAACUCUCAACCCAAAUGGUGGAAGCUAGACGAAACUAGAGGCACGAUCAAUCGCCCGACUAGUUUGAUGGUCUCCGAGAGAUACGGAUACACAUCCCAAACUAAUCCUAGAGAGAGUUUCUUAAGGAGUUUGCACACAGUCACUAGAAGACCGAAGAAGUGCGAAAGCAAAUCCAAUUGGGAAUUGAAUUACGUUAAAGAUUACCAGAGAGAGCAGAGCAGAGCGCUCCAUUUGAAAAAGUGGGCGUGCAGCAAGUGUACUUUAGAAAAUUCUGGAAUCAGAACCCAUUGUGAAGCCUGCCUGUCGCCGAGAGUGUCACCUUUAUCAAGAAUUUCUAAUACUAGGGGUCUAAGUGUGACUACGCUUGGGAGACAUGAGACAACCAAUCGGGAAGGGGCUACUUCAUUACCAACCUCAGGUGGUGUGAUGAUCACAGUCCCCGAUUGGCCCCAAACUGGUGUUACGACCUUAGGCUCUUCAUUCCGCAGAUCAAUAAGCGCUCAAAACUCUCCGGAAAUUCGGCCUACUUACAGACGUUCGUUUUCAGAACAGACUACGGAUUCUCGCCCUAUAGGCAAGAUAAUCUCUAGUAGAAGAAGCUUGAAUGAUUACCAGAAAUCCUUAGCUAGUUAUUGCGGCAGCUUGCCUAAGAAACCUGAAGAGAAAACUGAAAAGAAAGAAGACAAUUCAGAGCUAAUAGACAAGGAAUGUAGUUGGGAUACUAACGCGGAAGGAGUGAUAUACGCUUUACCUAAUAAAGGGAAAUAUAAAGACUUGAAUCUGCAGCUGCAAGUCAAUAAUAACGGGACUAGAUAUUCGUACGUCUCUGUACAGGAUACGAAAACGGUCAUGAGUAACUCACAGAACGAAGCUUUGUAUUCAAAUGAUAUUGGUGACGGAGAUUACGCGAGGAUAGACGAGUUGCUAGGUGCUGAGAACUGUAUUUCGCCGGUCAGUGAAGCGAGUAACAUACGAACCUCACAUAUAGGGUCUCAGAGUGUGUUCAAUAUGCUGCCAUCUGUGGGGAAGGUGUCACAGCCGAGAGAGACCAAUGUGCCUUCCACUCAGCCGUCGCCGCAACAGCCGCAGCCGCAGCCGCAGAACUCGCAAUCCUCGCGCAUGUGGCAGUGCUCGUCGUGCUGGUUCGCGUACAACGCGUGGUGGGCGCGCUCGUGCGACGUGUGCCGCGCGCGCCGCGUGCCCGGCGCGCCGGUCACCGUCACCCGGCACGACGGUAACAGUUCGAGGCCGCCAAACGCGAAUUCGAACCCGGAGCCGAGCGGUAGCAAGGCGGAGGCGAAUAGCAACGUACCGCCGACUAAGAAGCUCACCGUGCCUAUUGCUUCAUUGGAUCACGAUUUGAAUAGCGACGAACUUCUGUUUGCUGUUGAGUCCCCGCCGGCGGCGGGCUGGUCGUGUGCGCGCUGCACGUUGCUCAACGAUGCCACCGCCACCGUGUGCGCGGCCUGCGCUGCCUCCAAGCCUCCACCUCAACACUGGUCGUGUAGUUCGUGCACGCUACGGAAUCCACUGUCGGCUAGUUUGUGUCUGGCGUGUAAAACUCCGCCAGUACCCCGGCACGGGGUGCCCGGACCUUCGACUGAAGCCAAUCACACCGGUGGAGGCGCGCGCACGCGCAGCCCGUCCCCGCGGCGCAGCUCGCGGCACACGCCGGCGCCGCGCCGGCAGAAGUCGCCGCCACCAGAGACCAAGUGAAAUUUAGUCAUCAUUAAAUACUGAUAUAUUAACUACAGGUCGGAGUCAGCAGGCUGGUCGUGCUCGGAGUGCACGUACGCGAACCCGGGCGGCGCGCUGGCGUGCGACAUGUGCCAGUCGCCGCGCGCGCGCCUCCUCCCCGCCGCGCCCAGCCACCAGCUGGACGACGACGACCAAGGUCAGCCACAGGGCUCGGACAGCGAACGUCAAGAAAGCACGCCGGUUGAAAUACUACGUUUGAGGGAAGAGAGCCACGCGUGGACGCAGUGGCAAGAAGUACUGGCCCAGUGUGCCGCUACGGGCGAGCCGUAUGUGGACGAAUCCUUCCCCGCGCAUCCCCGCUCACUGUACUACAACGGCAGCGGCGAGAGCGGCGCGGCGGCGCGCUGGCUGCGGCCACACCAGAUACACGUGGACGGCUCGCACCGCCUGCCCUGGCGCGUGUACCGCGACCCGAGACCCUCCGACAUCUCGCAAGGUGUCCUAGGCAACUGCUGGCUUCUAUCGGCGCUAGCGGUGUUAGCUGAGCGCGCAUCUCUAGUGCGAGGCGUCGUUGUUAGGGGAGAACCCAGCGUGGGGGCCUACCAGCUACGACUAUGCAAGGAUGGACGGUGGCUGACUGUGACCGUCGAUGACCUACUGCCGUGCAAUAAAAAAGGACACCUGGUUUACUCUCAGGCUAAAAGAAAACAGCUGUGGGUGCCUCUCAUAGAGAAGGCGGUCGCGAAACUGCACGGAUGUUACGAGGCUCUCGUUUCUGGGAGAGCUAUUGAAGGUCUAUGCACACUAACUGGGGCUCCAUGCGAGUCUGUCUCCCUACAAGCGGGCGGAGCGGGCGGCGCCGGCGGCGGAGCUCCGCUCGAGCAGCUGGACCGGGACCUGGUGUGGGCGCAGCUGCUGUCCUCGCGGCAGGCCAGCUUCCUCAUGGGCGCCAGCUGCGGCGGCGGCAACAUGAAGGUGGACGAGGAAGAAUACCAACGGCUCGGGCUCCGGCCGCGGCACGCGUACAGCGUGCUGGACGUGGUGGAGGUGGCGGGCCCGGUGCGGCUGCUGCGCCUGCGCAACCCGUGGGGGCACUACACGUGGCGCGGCGCCUGGGCCGGCGGCUGCGCCGCGCCCAGCGACCCGCACCACGACCAGGCCGUCUUCUGGAUCAGCUUCGAGGAUGUCCUCAAAUAUUUCGACUGCAUCGAUAUCUGCAAAGUCCGCGUCGGCUGGCACGAGGUCCGGUUAGCAGGCGUGCUGCCACCUAUGUCUUCGACGCGACACCUCACGUGCUUACUUCUCACCGCCACCCAACCCACCGAGGUGGACUUCACACUGUUUCAGGAGGGACAGAGAAAUUCAGCCAAAAGUCAGCGUUCCCAAUUGGACUUGUGCGUGGUCGUGUUCCGGACGAAAUCGGGACCGAACGCUCAAGUCGGAAAACUGGUCGCACAUAGCAAAAGACAGGUCCGCGGCUUCGUCGGCUGCCACAAAAUGCUAGAGAAAGGCUUCUACCUAGUAGUCUGCCUGGCCUUCAACCACUGGCACACGGGGUUCUCGCCGGAGUCGCUGGCGGGCUGGCCGCGGCACGUGCUGGCCGCGCAUUCCAGCAAGCCGCUGGGCGUGGAGCGGCCGCCGCUGCACGCGCACAUCCUGGCCGACGCCAUCAUCGGCCUCACGCUGGCGAGGGGCCAGCGCCACGAGGGCCGGCAGGGCAUGACGGCAUACUACCUCACCAAGGGUUGGGCAGGAUUAGUAGUCAUGGUCGAGAACCGACACACGGACAAGUGGAUCCACGUGAAAUGCGACUGCCAGGAGAGCUACAACGUAGUUUCCACGCGGGGAGAGCUUAAAACUAUCGACUCCGUCCCACCUCUACACAGACAAGUGAUAAUAGUGCUGACGCAGCUGGAGGGCAGCGGGGGGUUCAGCAUCGCGCACCGGCUAACGCACCGGCUGGCGGCGGGUGCGCGCCUGCAGGACUGGGCGCCGCCCGCCGACGCCGAGCCGCGCCACCGCCCGCCGCUGCCGCGCCGCCUGCACGGCCUGCACGCUCCUCGCCUCAUCACAUAAUCAGACAAGGGAUAAUAGUGCUGACGCAGCUGGAGGGCAGCGGGGGGUUCAG